UUUUGACAUGUUUAGCGCUUGUCGCUUGUGCGAAAACCCAACCUAAACAUGGCGUCGGAUGGGGACGAAGUGAUAAGUGACCAGGAAAAGGUGCGAAUCGUGUCCGAUUUCAUCCUGCACUCACCCCCGGGUGAGUUUAACGAGGUCUUUAACGACGUCCGCAAAUUGUUGGACGACGAUGACCUGCUUAAGGAAGGGGCCAGUGGGGCCUUUGCGCAAUAUAACAAAGACCAGUUGACGCCCGUGCGAAUCGAAAACGCUGACCAUUUGGUGCUUAUUACGGAAUACAACGAUUUAGGGAAUAACAGGUUCUUUGAUCCUCGAAGUAAGCAAAGUUUUAAGUACGACCAUUUGAGAAAAGAAGCCUCAGAUUAUCAAGCUUACUCUCCCGAUGCGACUGUCGAGCCUUGGAGGGCCGCGCUGGACACCGAAUUCGUGCAGUAUACGCGCAACCACUACAAAGAUGGAGUGUGUAGUGUUGUUGGCAAGAGCCAGGGUGGAGUUAUCACCCUGACUGCGUGUAUAGAGGACCAUCAAUUUCAGCCAAAGAACUUUUGGAAUGGUCGGUGGCGAAGCCAGUGGUUCAUUACUCUAAACGGAUCUGCCACUGCCGAGGUACGUGGCGUUCUAAAAGUUCAGGUACACUAUUACGAAGAGGGCAACGUUCAGUUAGUGAGCACUAAAGAAAUCAAAGAAACAGUAAGUGUAUCUACAGAAUCACAGACUGUAAAGGAAAUAGUUCAGGCCAUAGAAACCGCGGAAAACAUGUAUCAAACGGCGAUAUCGGAAAACUACCAGACUAUGUCAGAUUCGACAUUCAAAGCGCUGCGUCGGCUCUUGCCAGUAACCCGCACCAAAAUCGAUUGGAAUAAAAUUGUUUCCUAUAGUAUCGGCAAAGAGUUAAAAACGCAGUGACCGGUUUGGGGGACCUACCAUGUACAUAAAGAACUAGCCAACCAGCAGAUUAUUGUACUAGGAUAUAAAUGAAGAAGGAAAAAUAAUAAAGCGAAUGCGCCUAGAAUUGUGUGAAGGAGGAGGCGGUCCUUUUUUUACUAAUGCCCAUUUUUGCCUCUCUCCUAUUGGUUUUUUUUUAAUUACAGGAACAAAAUGUGGCGCAGUGCCCUGAUUGUGCAUUAGAAAAGUGUAAUAGUAAUGAUUUUUUUUAUGGAGGACCUUUAAUAUGUAUACUGUUCUUUUAUAUAAAUAUUUUACAUUUAUAAUUUUUUACGUAAAAACAUUUUUUUUUUUUUUAAUAUAAGAAUAGGAAAUAGGAGUUUCAAAUUUUAGGGUUGCUAUUGGGCGGAAAACGCGUAAAAUAUAAUACAUAAAUUAAUAUGGUUUGAAUAAAUCCUAUCUUUGGCCUAGUUAUAAAUACAGCAAGAAGGAAACUCCAAAAUAUCCCAUCCAAGCAACAUUUGAUUUUGUUGUUUGACCUAACUUUACUAAUUUUCAGGUUUUAAUUAUUUUUAAAAAGAACUAUUUGAGUAUUAUAGUUUUUAUUUGUUAAUUUUAAUGUUGCAAGGGAAUGAAAGGGCAGUGGGAGUCAUAAGGCCCAAGGGUUAUUCCGUGAAUAUUUAAUAAACAAAAAUAAUUUAUAUCUUGUUAGAGUAAACCGUUGUAUGGGUUAUUUUUAAAUAAAAAGAUAUUGAUUGA